ACGCGUAGCUUUGGUCAUUCUAGCUCUAGAAUUUAAAGCGAGCCGUUUUAAGGGAAGCCAAUAUAUAGAAAGGUAGAAAAAGAAAAAAAAGAGAAUAACACAAAAAUAUUUUUUUUAAGUAGUAUAUAUACGAACAGAUAUAUCCACAUAUAGAUAUAGAUAUAGAGAGAGAAAGGGCUGUAUAGAGAGAGAACGUGUGAGCACACCAACAAGCAAGAAAGUAGAGGAGAGGGGUUUUGGUGGCUUGAGGGCGAAGGCGAAGACUCUACUUCGCAUAAAACUCUAGCCGUUAGGCCGUCUGCUUGUCUAUUUUUCCCCACCGUUAAAUUCUCGAUGCUUCCAGUUUUGUUUCUCUCAACAGUCUUGUAGCUGUGUACUGAAGCAGAGGGAAGAACAGGGUGAUUUCUCCAGAUCCGCCCAUUUGUUGGUCUUUUGCCUCUACAGAUUAUCUGAGGCUUGCUGGAGUCAUCAUAUGGCUCUCUCGAUGUAAUGACGUUGUAAAUCUCUCGCCUUUUGCCUUCUGAAAAACCAGUGUUUCUUCUUUAUUGAGGUUUUUGGUGCUUUCGGAGGGUGGGAAUUCAGAUCUUGGAUUUUCCGGUUAAUGAUCCUUGUUGGGUUUUAUACUAUUUGUGGUUAACUCAAAAUCAGCUUCUGAGUUUGGCGCUAAAAUAGAGAGUUGGAACUUGGAAGGGAAAGCUCUUACCUGCUGCCGUCUUGGUUGCCUGGUGUGAGGAGUACCACUCUUAGUCUAUCUCUUCCUUUCAUGUCUCCUAACCUUGAUAGCCCUGUUCGAACAGAGAUGGCUGUGUCAUUUUUCAAGAGUCCUCUUGGUGGUGGGGAGCACCUUCAAACGAAUAUGAUGGAAAACAAAACGACUGGUAGGAGACGUGUUUUUGUGCAAACUGAGUCGGGUUGUGUGUUAGGAAUGGAGUUGGACAGGAGUGACAAUGCACAUACUGUGAAGAGGAGGCUGCAGCUUGCCCUCAAUUUUCCCAUUGAAGAAAGUUCAUUGACAUUUGGUGAUAUGAUUCUUAAGAAUGAUCUGAGUGCCAUUCGGAAGGAUUCCGCUCUUCUGUUGACCAGGAAUUUCCUCCAUAGAAGCUCAUCAACUCCCUGUUUGUCUCCCACAGGUAGGGACAUGCAACAGAGAGAUCAGAGUGGGCCAAUUGAGAUUUUGGGACACUCGACAUGUUUUGCUAAGACAAAAAAUCUAGUCAAGGAAAUUGUGAAGGGAAUGAAGAAUGGGGUUGAUCCACUACCUGUUCACAGUGGGCUUGGGGGAGCAUACUACUUCAGGAAUGUCAGAGGUGAGUGUGUUGCUAUUGUGAAGCCCACAGAUGAGGAACCAUUUGCACCAAAUAAUCCGAAGGGCUUUGUUGGUAAAGCUCUUGGACAACCUGGCUUAAAGCGUUCCGUAAGGGUAGGGGAGACUGGCUUCAGAGAGGUUGCUGCUUAUCUCCUUGAUUACGAUAAUUUUGCAAAUGUUCCACCCACUGCAUUAGUGAAGAUUACUCACUCAAUCUUCAAUGUUAAUGAUGGUGUCAGUGGAAACAAGCCCCAGAACAAGAAAAUUGUUAGCAAGAUUGCAUCCUUUCAGCAGUUCAUUCCCCAUGAUUUUGAUGCCAGUGACCAUGGAACCUCGAGUUUCCCUGUUUCAGCUGUGCAUCGCAUUGGGAUAUUAGACAUUAGGAUUCUUAACACGGAUAGGCAUGCUGGUAACCUUUUAGUUAGAAAACUUGAUGGCUUUGGGCAGUUUGGUCAAGUUGAAUUAAUCCCUAUUGAUCAUGGUCUUUGCUUACCUGAGAGUUUAGAAGACCCAUAUUUUGAGUGGAUUCACUGGCCUCAGGCUUCAAUUCCGUUCUCAGAUGAUGAACUUGAGUACAUAGAAAAUCUUGAUCCUGCUCGUGAUGCGGAGAUGCUACGAAGUGAGCUCCCUAUGAUUCGAGAUGCGUGCUUGCGUGUCUUAUACCUUUGUACAACUUUCCUGAAGGAAGCUGCUGCACAAGGUCUCUGCCUUGCAGAGAUUGGUGAGAUGAUGAGUAGGGAGUUCCGCAGUGGUGAGGAGGAACCAAGUGAGCUCGAGGUCAUAUGCAUCGAGGCGAGAAGGUUUAUGGCUGAAGAGAUGUCAUCUCCAAAGUCUGGAGCAGACUUUGUUGAUGCUUUCCAGUUUGACAUAGAUUGUGAUGAAGGUGGCCAUGAUUUCACCCCACAAUUCUCCUCGGAAGACUUCGUUGGAGGAAUGCCCUUACAUUUUGGGUUUGGAAGUGUCAAUGGUCGUAUGCCUCUUUCCAAACUAGAGGAGAGCAUUGAUGAAGUGGAAAGUGAAGGAGAAGGAGAAGAGGAGAAUGGGUUUAUUAGUGUUCCACCCUUAACAAGAAGUAAAACUAUCCCGAAACUUUCCAUGUCUCUGAAAAACACUAGCUUAGGCGAGAAAAACCCAAAGUUCCCCAAGUUCUCUGGGAUGAAGCCUGAUAAUGGUUAUAACCUUGCUAGUUCCUCGUCCGGCCAUCGAAGUGCAAAUGAGCAGCUCCCUCCAAGCGCGAGCUUCGUGAAGCUCGCGGAUAUGAACGAGGAAGAAUGGGGAGUGUUUCUGGACAAGUUUCAGGAGCUGCUCAGGCCUGCUUUAGUGCAGCGAAAUUCCAUCAGCGUUGGCCAGAGGCAGAGACAGAGGCUUGGGACUUCUUGCAAGUUUUGAGGUAUGGCUUCCAUACAUUGCUAUGGCUUAGAGUGAUGAAUUUGCAGGCUUGUUGAGCUAGUGUCCUAGCUUUAGAUAUCUUUAUGCUUUCUCCCCGUUUGAGUCAACCUUAGGUCGGAGCGGCGGCGAUAGACAGUGAUGUGUAAAUAUUCUUUGAAUGAAAGGCCAAAACUAGAAUUGGCUGCAUUUUUUCUUUCUUUUAAGCUUUUAGUUUCUUGUUUCUUUGGGCCAUGAAAUAAUAUUGUUCGAUAAAUAAAUUGUUAAAGUGCAUGCCCUGUAUUGUAAAUAUUGAAUCUUGUUUGAGGUAAAUCUUGGAAUGGUGUUGUUGUUUCGUA